UUCCAGGCGACGGCCGUAAGUGGCGGGCGGAAGCGGCCCGCGUAGACAGCCGUAAACGGCUCCCUGGCGCCACUUCCGGCCGGCUUCCGCAGACGGCGCUGGUGGGCGAUCGUGAGGCGCCGGAGGACGUUCCCCGCGGCCGGAGCCAUGGAGAUGCCUCUACCGCCCGACGACCAGGAGCUUCGAAAUGUCAUCGACAAGCUGGCUCAGUUCGUGGCUCGCAAUGGGCCUGAGUUUGAGAAGAUGACGAUGGAGAAGCAGAAGGACAACCCGAAAUUCUCGUUUCUGUUUGGAGGAGAGUUCUACAGUUACUACAAGUGCAAGCUGGCGCUGGAGCAGCAGCAGCUUAUCUGCAAGCAGCAGGCACCAGAGUUGGAGCCAGCCACAGCCAUGCCACCCCUGCCACAGCCCCCACUGGCCCCAGCUGCACCCAUCCCGCCUGGCCAGGGUGCACCAUCCAUGGAUGAGCUCAUCCAGCAGAGCCAGUGGAACCUCCAGCAGCAGGAACAGCACCUGCUGGCCCUCAGACAGGAGCAGGUGACAGCGGCUGUGGCCCACGCUGUAGAGCAGCAGAUGCAGAAGCUCCUGGAGGAGACCCAGCUGGACAUGAAUGAGUUUGACAACCUAUUGCAGCCCAUCAUCGACACGUGCACCAAGGAUGCCAUCUCGGCUGGGAAGAACUGGAUGUUCAGCAAUGCCAAGUCCCCCCCACACUGCGAGCUGAUGGCAGGCCACCUUCGGAACCGUAUCACGGCUGACGGGGCACACUUUGAGCUGCGGCUGCACCUCAUCUACCUGAUCAAUGAUGUGCUGCACCACUGGGCCCUGACGCGCGGAAGGUCUCUCCCUCACAGCCAGCGCAAGCAGGCCCGGGAGCUGCUGGCCGCCCUGCAGAAGGUCGUGGUGCCCAUAUACUGCACCAGCUUCUUGGCCGUGGAGGAGGACAAACAGCAGAAGAUUGCCCGGCUCCUGCAGCUCUGGGAGAAAAACGGCUACUUCGAUGACUCCAUCAUUCAGCAGCUGCAGAGCCCAGCGCUGGGGCUUGGCCAGUACCAGGCAACUCUCAUCAAUGAGUACUCCUCAGUGGUGCAGCCGGUGCAGCUGGCUUUCCAGCAGCAGAUCCAGACCCUCAAAACACAGCAUGAAGAGUUUGUCAACAGCCUUGCCCAACAGCAACAGCAGCAACAACAGCAACAACAGAUCCAAAUGCCACAAAUGGAAGCGGAAGUCAAAGCCACACCACCACCACCUGCUCCACCCCCAGCCCCAGCACCUGCCCCGGCCAUCCCACCAACUACCCAGCCUGAUGACAACAAGCCUCCUAUCCAAAUGCCAGGCUCUUCAGAGUAUGAUGCCGCAGGAGGGGUCCAGGAUCCUGCAGCCACUGGACCCCGGGGCCCUGGGCCUCAUGACCAGAUGCCGCCUAACAAGCCCCCUUGGUUUGACCAGCCUCACCCUGUGGCUCCUUGGGGCCAACAGCAGCCACCGGAGCAGCCUCCCUACCCACACCACCAAGGCGGGCCACCCCACUGCCCACCCUGGAACAACAGCCACGAGGGCAUGUGGGGCGAGCAGCGUGGGGACCCUGGUUGGAAUGGCCAGCGUGAUGCGCCCUGGAACAGCCAGCCCGACCCUGCCUGGAACAGCCAGUUUGAGGGCCCCUGGAAUAGCCAGCAUGAGCAGCCGCCUUGGGGCGGGGGCCAGCGUGAACCACCCUUCCGCAUGCAGCGGCCACCGCACUUCCGUGGGCCCUUCCCGCCCCACCAGCAGCACCCACAGUUUAACCAGCCGCCACACCCCCACAACUUCAACCGCUUCCCACCUCGCUUCAUGCAGGAUGACUUCCCCCCUCGGCACCCCUUCGAGCGGCCACCCUACCCUCACCGUUUUGAUUACCCCCAGGGUGACUUCCCCGCAGAGCUGGGCCCCCCUCACCACCACCCUGGCCACCGCAUGCCUCAUCCGGGGAUCAACGAGCACCCACCCUGGGCUGGGCCCCAACACCCCGACUUUGGCCCUCCCCCCCACGGCUUCAACGGGCAGCCCCCCCACAUGCGACGACAGGGCCCACCCCACAUCAACCACGAUGACCCCAGUCUGGUCCCCAAUGUGCCCUACUUCGACCUCCCUGCUGGGCUGAUGGCCCCCCUUGUGAAGCUGGAAGACCAUGAGUAUAAGCCUUUGGACCCUAAGGAUAUCCGCCUCCCGCCCCCCAUGCCACCUAGUGAGAGGCUGCUGGCUGCCGUGGAGGCCUUCUACAGCCCCCCAUCCCAUGACAGGCCCAGAAACAGUGAAGGUUGGGAGCAGAAUGGCCUCUAUGAGUUUUUCCGAGCAAAAAUGCGGGCCCGGCGGAGGAAAGGCCAGGAAAAGAGAAACAGUGGACCUUCAAGGUCUCGGAGCAGAUCCAAGAGCCGAGGGCGGUCUUCCUCCCGCUCCAACUCAAGAUCCUCAAAGUCAUCAGGCUCAUACUCGAGGUCAAGGUCACGGUCGUGCUCCCGCUCAUACUCCCGCUCCAGAUCCAGGUAUGCAAAACACCACCGUGUGAUGGUGACAUCUGAGGCCUCUUACUAUGGCUCCCCUGCUACUGACCCUCACACUCUCUUCCCCCACAGGAGCCGCAGCAGAUCUCGCUCCUGGAGGAGCCGCUCCCACUCUCGGUCCAGGUCCAGGUCUAAGUCAUACUCCCCUGGAAGACGGCGUCGGUCGCGGUCUAGGAGUCCCAUCCCGCCUUCCUCGGCUGGUCUUGGUUCUAAUUCAGCACCUCCUAUACCUGACUCAAGGCUCGGAGAAGAGAACAAAGGCCAUCAGAUGCUGGUGAAGAUGGGCUGGAGUGGCUCUGGCGGCCUCGGUGUGAAAGAGCAAGGGAUCCAGGACCCCAUCAAGGGGGGGGACGUCCGGGAUAAGUGGGACCAGUACAAGGGUGUGGGUGUGGCCCUGGAUGACCCCUACGAGAACUACCGCCGAAACAAAAGCUACUCUUUCAUCGCUCGCAUGAAGGCCAGGGAUGAGUGUAAGUAGGGCCAGCAAACCAGGAGCAGCAGCAUUGGCUGUUGGGACCUUCCUGGUUCACUGGCAGUGGAAGAUCAUAGUGACAGCUCAGUUUCACACAGCCUCCAUGUUUGGGGAACAACAGGAAGAAAAGGAAGACUAAUGCAUGCCUUGCCAAGGGCGCCAUGCUCGUGGCAUGGAAAGGCCACUGGCUCCACCUGUGAUCCACACCAGGAGGUACCAUAGCCACCAAGGACGUGGGCUUGUUUUCCUUUACAGUGAAGCAAGAAACACAAGACCCUCCAUCCCCUGAGUAAGAAUUCUUCACACCUGAAGGAAUGGAUGUGUGCGUCUUUCCUAAAUCAGAUUCUGAGCCUCCUCGUAGGCUCCAGUAGGAGCAUGUGGAGGAAGGGCCCAGAGCCAACAGGGCAACCCGCCUGCCCCCUUUGGCUGUGUAGUGCUGAAGCCACGGCCAGGUGCCUGAAUGCUUAUGAUUGGAAAACAGAUAAACAAAACCUUUUUGACUUGCAAUGUUAAGCAGGGUUUUCAUUUUUCCACCCAUUGGUUUAGUUUUAAAAAAGAGAAUAUUGACCUGAGACGAUCCCCAGUGAGAUCACUUAAAAUCUGAUUAUUCUAAGAUAUACUGGCCCUUAGUUCAGUUACUUUAGUUGUAUAAGUUGGUAUUUUUUUCUGGAAUGUUAGCCAUUUGCUAUUUGGAAAAAGAAGGUUCUAAACCAGUCUAAAGUACCUUCAGGUCAAGGAGCGCAAGCCUUGAAGAGUCUGUGCACUUAGUGUCUCUACUUGUGUUUCUCGCUUAGAAGAUCCCCAACACCAGCACGUGUGUGCAACAGCCCAUUCCGAUCCAGAGCAUGGAGUUCAACCCCCAGCUAGGGCCUCCUGCUCUGCCAUUUAAUUUUCACACCCCCACCCCGAGAUGAAGCCCAGAGGAGAGCUGCCUCUGCCAGAAGCUGAAGGUAACCAUGCCAGGAUUAGCCACAAUUUGUGGCCCUGGGCAGCUCAGUGUGGUGCCGUUUGUACAGAAACAUUUUUGGAAAAAUUCUUUUCAUUAAGAUGCAAAAUCCUCUCCACCUUUUCAACCCAAUGUAAUAAAAUAUUUGAUUUCGUUCUAGAUUUUCUGUAGCUGUGAAUUGUUCAAACCUGUCUGAUCCAGGAUAAAAUGUAAACACGUGCUGUUAACAAUUUCUUGUGGAUUUUACUGUUUUGCUUUCAAAUAAAGACUUUUUUUAAAGA